CUUUCAUUAGCUUCGAACCAGUAUAUAUAAAUUACUACUGCCUCGCAUUCUUCCUUCAAAUUAGAAAACUCUGACAUUCAGAAACGUUUCCUACUGAUUUCAUCGGCUACGUAGUUCUGAGGCGUAAUAUUUGAUCGGAAGAAGAGAUACGAAGAGUGAUUCAACUGUGUUUGUCGGAGGUGAAGCAAUGGCUGGCGGCGGCGUCGGCGUCUCCUUGAGAAGAGGCGGUUCUUUCAUUGUGCUGGCGAUCGUCUUAUUCGGUUGUCUAUCUGCUAUUUCCAUCGCCAAAGAAGAAGCCACAAAAUUAGGAACUGUUAUUGGGAUAGAUUUGGGUACAACCUACUCUUGUGUUGGUGUUUACAAAAAUGGUCAUGUUGAAAUUAUAGCCAAUGACCAAGGAAACCGUAUUACUCCAUCAUGGGUGGCCUUUACUGAUACUGAAAGACUAAUUGGUGAGGCUGCAAAGAACCAGGCAGCUGUUAACCCUGAGAGGACCAUCUUUGAUGUUAAGAGACUUAUCGGAAGAAAGUUUGAGGACAAGGAAGUCCAGAGGGACAUGAAACUUGUUCCUUAUAAGAUUGUGAAUAAAGAUGGGAAGCCCUAUAUCCAGGUAAAGAUUAAGGAUGGUGAAGUUAAGGUCUUCAGUCCUGAGGAAAUCAGUGCCAUGGUUCUUACUAAGAUGAAGGAAACAGCAGAAGCUUACCUUGGAAAGAAAAUCAAGGAUGCUGUGGUCACUGUACCCGCAUAUUUCAAUGAUGCCCAGAGGCAAGCUACCAAGGAUGCCGGUGUUAUUGCCGGAUUAAAUGUUGCAAGGAUAAUUAACGAGCCAACAGCAGCAGCUAUUGCUUAUGGAUUGGACAAGAAAGGUGGAGAGAAGAACAUUCUUGUUUUUGACCUUGGUGGUGGAACAUUCGAUGUCAGUAUCCUGACCAUUGACAAUGGUGUCUUUGAGGUUCUCGCCACAAAUGGUGACACCCAUCUUGGAGGUGAGGAUUUUGAUCAGAGAAUUAUGGAAUACUUCAUCAAGUUGAUCAAGAAGAAGCACGGAAAGGACAUCAGCAAGGACAACAGAGCCCUUGGAAAACUGAGGAGGGAAGCUGAGCGUGCAAAGAGAGCUUUGAGUAGUCAGCACCAAGUCAGAGUGGAGAUUGAAUCUCUUUUUGAUGGUGUUGAUUUCUCUGAGCCAUUGACCCGUGCUCGUUUUGAGGAGUUGAACAAUGAUCUUUUCAGAAAAACCAUGGGACCAGUUAAGAAGGCCAUGGACGAUGCUAACCUUGAGAAGAACCAGAUUGACGAGAUUGUUCUUGUUGGUGGAAGUACAAGGAUUCCCAGAGUUCAACAGCUCCUCAAGGAUUUCUUUGAUGGAAAGGAACCUAGCAAGGGUGUCAAUCCUGAUGAGGCUGUUGCUUAUGGUGCUGCAGUUCAAGGUGGUAUUCUCAGUGGUGAAGGUGGUGAUGAAACUAAAGAUAUCCUACUUUUGGAUGUGGCUCCUCUAACCCUCGGAAUUGAAACUGUUGGUGGGGUGAUGACCAAGUUGAUUCCCAGGAACACUGUUAUCCCAACCAAGAAGUCACAAGUCUUUACCACUUACCAAGAUCAGCAGACCACUGUCUCAAUUCAGGUUUUUGAAGGAGAAAGGAGUCUCACAAAAGACUGUCGGCUUCUUGGGAAGUUUGAUCUCACAGGAAUUCCUCCAGCUCCAAGGUAUUCUUUAUGCCUCAUAUAUAUAACCCAAUCGGGGUUUUGGGUUAAGAAGAAUUGGUUUUCAUGGUAGGUGAUAUUUCAAAUUGAAUGGAACUGACUUGUAUUGAAUGUGACAGGGGUACACCCCAGAUCGAGGUUACUUUUGAAGUUGAUGCCAAUGGUAUCUUGAACGUCAAGGCAGAAGACAAAGGAACUGGCAAGUCAGAGAAGAUUACAAUCACCAAUGACAAGGGUCGAUUGAGCCAGGAAGAGAUCGACAGAAUGGUCCGGGAGGCUGAGGAGUUUGCCGAGGAAGACAAGAAGGUGAAAGAAAAGAUAGAUGCUCGUAACAGCCUGGAGACAUACAUUUACAACAUGAAGAACCAGAUCAAUGACAAGGAUAAGCUUGCUGACAAGCUGGAAUCAGAUGAGAAAGAUAAGAUUGAGACCGCGGUGAAGGAGGCCCUGGAGUGGUUGGAUGACAACCAGAGCGCUGAGAAAGAAGACUACGAAGAGAAGCUCAAGGAAGUAGAAGCUGUGUGCAAUCCAAUCAUCACGGCUGUGUACCAAAGAUCUGGUGGCGCUGCACCAGGUGGUGAAGCAGCAGAUGAUGAUGACGAUUCUCAUGAUGAACUGUAAGUGUAAAAGGUGAUCUAUAAUCCAAUCCAAGUCCGACAUCCACUGCUGAAUGAAUAGGAAGAAAAAGUGGAGGCAAGAAAGUCCGGGUUAUUUAGAUUAGGGAGGAUGAUGAGUUUAGUGUAAUAUCUGCAUCUUCUAUCAUUUAAGGGGACUGAGAGAAUUCCCUUCUUCGCUCUUGAAUAUUGUUGAGGUGAAGAUACUUUUUGAUUAGGAAACAUUUCUGUUAACUUUUUUCUUUGUAUUUUGGCUGAAUGAUAUGUUAAAAAGUUUUCUCAAGUGACCAGUGCCUAGUUGCCUCCUUGGGGUUGUGCGAGUUUCUUUAUCUUUUCUUAAGGUUAAUAAACCUUGUAGAUAGGCAGUUCUGAUGCUUGCUGGUUAUUUCUGACUAACACGAUAAAGGAUGAUUGCAAAAAUCAAGUCCAGAUUACUAUAAAUUUAUAGCAACAGGAGAACAACUGCUUCCGUUAUACGAAAUUUGAGCUUCCAACCUAUUCAAAUUUCGAAAUUCAGCGGUUCCAGUUCUAGCAGUUUCAUUCAGUAUACAUAAUGUUUGCCAAAUCGACCAAAGAUCCCAAAAUUAAAAUCAUGGCUUUGCUCUUUUUAUUUUGCGGAGAGUAACUGUACUAUUUGUCAGAACAGGUUAAAAUGGAACACAGAUCAGCAACGAUUGCGAAAGUUUCGAUGAACAUUAAGGUUCAAAGUACACCAGAAGUAAUAGCCACCCCUCCCCC